ACGUAACAUGACAUUAUUAAAAAUCGUCAAUUAUACCCAGAAAAUAUAAUUCUAGUGAAGAAUUAUUCAGUGAUUGAUGAAUGCUCCCUUUUAAAAAUAAAACAUUUUUAAAAUACAAUUUGCAGGGGCUUUUGAUUCUGUGCAACUUUUCAACAUUGUAUUGCCCAAUUAUUCUGACUUCUCUCUCUCUCUCUCUCUUUUAAAUAUCUCCAUCUUCUUUUAUUCUCAUCUGAAUAAUUCAGAUUCUUGCUCCGGUUCGAAAAGUUGUACCUUUUGAUUUCUGAGUUCUUGAUUUCGCUUUAUCGGUGUAAGAAAAGGACAUAGCAGUUGAAGUGUUGGUUGGGUGUUUGGUUCUCAAUCUCACGAGAUAACUUAGGGUUUCUUGUUGUUCCCCACAAGAAAGUUUUCUUUCUUUCUUCUUCUUGUGACUUCUUCGCCUAACCUAUUUUCCUCGAUUUAAGAAAGCAGAGGUGGGGAGACCAAAAAAAUAAAUAAAUAAAACAUCAAAGUCUCUCUCUCUUUUGUCAAACAAUGGAAGCAUCUAGUGAUGAUGAGAAGAGACCUAUGGUUGACUUGAUCAAGGACAAAAAUGGAACCGAUCAGGUUCUUCUUCAGAAUCCUAAAGGAGCUUCUGUAAAGAUUAGUUUACAUGGAGGACAAGUUCUUUCUUGGAAGACUGAGAGAGGUGAUGAAUUGUUAUUCACCAGUGCCAAGGCUAACUCAAAGCCUCCCCAUCCGGUACGAGGAGGAAUCCCUAUAUGCUUUCCUCAGUUUGGAACUCGAGGAUCACUUGAGCAGCACGGUUUUGCGAGAAACAAGAUGUGGCUUGUGGAAAAUGAUCCUCCUGCUUUACCUUCAUUCGACUCAACCGGCAAAGCCUAUGUGGAUUUGGUACUUAAGUCCUCUGAUGAAGACACAACAAGGAUCUGGCCUUACAGCUUUGAGUUUCACUUGAGAGUUUCAUUGGGAUUAGAUGGGAACCUAUCGCUGAUAUCACGAGUCAGAAACAUCAACUCAAAGCCUUUUAGCUUCUCCAUUGCUUACCACACUUACUUCUCCAUCUCCGAUAUCAGUGAAGUAAGAGUUGAAGGACUUGAAACUCUUGACUAUCUUGAUAACUUGCUUGAUAAAGAGCGGUUUACUGAGCAAGGCGAUGCAUUAACGUUUGAAUCCGAGAUCGAUAGAGUGUACUUAAACUCUAAAGACGUGGUUGCUGUUUUUGACCAUGAGAGAAAACGUACAUUCCUCAUCGAGAAAGAAGGUCUACCUGAUGUUGUGGUGUGGAAUCCAUGGGACAAGAAAGCUAAAGCACUGCCAGAUUUGGGAGAUGAAGAGUACAAACAGAUGCUUUGUGUUGAUGGAGCAGCCAUUGAGAAACCAAUCACCUUGAAACCGGGUGAAGAAUGGACCGGGAAAUUAAAUCUCUCCCUUGUCCUUUCCACCUGAAAAAACCGGUACCGGUUAUCUUCAAACCUAUUGAUUCUUCUUUGUCUCUCUUAUUAUUAUAUUUUCGGUAUAGUCUAUAGAAGAUCAUCACAGUGUGUGUGUGUGUGAUUCUUUGGCAUCAAAAUCCUGAAUAUUAAAAGGAAACCUGAGAUUUGAAAAAUGUCACCAGUUUUUUUUGGCUGUGACAAGAUCCUGGUUUUGUGCGAGAUUCAUUUAACUUGUGUUGUAUGAAGAUAGUUUGUAUUUUUGGAUUAUUUUAAUAAAGCUUUUUCGUUUUCA